CACUGGAACUGCCUUGUCACGCGGGGUUAGUAAAAGUUGGGAUAGAGAGAGAGUGAGAGAGAGAGAGAGAGAGAGAAAGAGAGAGAGAGAGAGAGAGAGAGAAAGAAAGGGGGAACGGGACAAUUGUAGGGAUAAUUCAUCUGCUUUUAUAGCGAAGAUUAAACUAGAGAGCACUUCUUUGUUGUUGAACAGGUCGGGAGACAGAGAGAAACAGCGAGAUAAGGAGAGGCAGAGGCGGCAGGCGACUUUCUCUGAAGUUGAAGCCAGAAUUUCGGUCGUUAACUGCCAGAGGAAGCGGAGCCAGCGACCUGUAUUUUGGAUUAGUGAAACGAGGGGGAAACACGGGUUCGUGUAUGGCCAAAAGAUCACCAGUUAAAUGAACAAAAGUUGAAGUUCGGCGUCGUGGCAGUCGGUAAAUGUUGUGGCAUUUUAGGAGAGCAUAAAUUGCUCCAGCGGUCGACGGUCGAGUGGCGGGGUAAAACCCGAGCUGUCAAACCCGAUGACUACUGCAAACUGCCCCGGGAAUGAGGAGCUGGACUUCAGACUGAUCUUCGGAGAGGACGGGCAGCAGCAGCCUUUAGGCCCCGCAGAUCUGGAGCCUGAUGACAACACAUCAUUCUACAUACUAAAUGUGGGCCAGCCCCAGGCUAUGGUCACUAAUCACCAGUCUAUUGGCUUGCCUCGUCAUGGCAUGCAGUCUCACUCCCAGGUCAUCAACACUUCCCAACGCCUUCAGUCACAGAAACCAGGAUCUGAGCCUCCAAGCUAUGAGCCACAAGACUCCAAGUAUGGCACCUCCCCUCUACUGCCCUCUGCUCCUGUUGAGGCACCAAAGGCCUUUGAGUGCCCCAGUAUCCAAAUCACCUCUAUCUCCCCUAGCUGCCAGCAGGAGAUGGAUGCCAAUGAGGAGGAUCUGAGGGCCAAUGGCCCUGAUGGGGACUACCAUGGUGACAGGCCCCUGUCCAGAGACCACCUGUAUUUGCGGCUAGACCACUCAUACCGGGACUCUUCACUCAGCCCCAGCCCAUGCAGCAGCCUCUCCUCUAGGAGCUGGUUCUCUGAUGCCUCCUCAUGUGAAUCAUUCUCACACGUCUAUGAUGAUGUUGACUCCGAGCUAAAUGAAGCAGCUGCCCGGUUUACCUUAGGCUCCCCCCUUACUUCCCCAGGCUGUGCCUCCCCUCACACUGGUGGUGGAGUUCUGGAGGAGCAGCCCCAUUGGCAGCACCACCACCCCGCCUUUGUGCACCACUCCCACUCUGUCAGCCUGUCACCACGACAGUCCCCCUGCCACUCGCCACGCACCAGUGUCACUGACGAAAAUUGGCUUAGCCCUCGGCCACCUUCCAGGCCUUCCUCACGCCCCACGUCACCAUGUGGGAAGAGGCGUCACUCUAGCGCGGACAUCUGCUAUCCCGGCUCAUUGUCUCCACAUCACUCACCCACACCCACGCCAGGACCUUCACCUAGGGGCAGCGUUACGGAGGACACCUGGGUUGGCAGUCCCUCUGUAGGCAUGUCGCCCUUCCAGUGCUGCCCAUCUGAGGCAGACAUCCCAUCCAAGACAAGGAAGACCUCACAGGACAGAACAGCUAUGCAGUCUGGGAAAGGGGAGCUAGGGCUAGAUGACCAAGGAAAUAUGUCACCUAAUCUAGACUCUCCCUCAGAUGAGGCCAUGCACAGCCUGAAGAAAGAUGGGCCUGGGGAACAGUUCCUCUCAGUCCCCUCCCACUUCUCAUGGAAUAAACCCAAGCCCGGUCAUACACCUAUAUUCAGGACUUCCUCACUGCCUCCUUUAGAUUGGCUGCUGCCAAGCCAGUUUGGCCAAUAUGAAUUGAAGAUAGAGGUGCAACCCAAAGCCCACCACCGAGCGCACUAUGAGACAGAGGGCAGCCGAGGAGCCGUCAAAGCAGCAUCCGGUGGCCACCCAAUCGUGAAGCUCAUUGGCUACAGUGAGAAGCCUGUCAACCUGCAGAUGUUCAUCGGAACAGCAGACGACCGUUACUUGAGGCCGCACGCCUUCUACCAGGUGCACCGGAUCACCGGGAAAACCGUAGCCACAGCCAGCCAAGAAAUUAUGGUCUCAAGCACCAAAGUUCUCGAAAUUCCUCUCCUGACCGAAAACAACAUGUCGGCCAGUAUCGACUGUGCUGGCAUCCUUAAGCUGCGGAACUCAGACAUUGAGCUGCGGAAGGGGGAGACGGAUAUAGGAAGAAAGAACACACGGGUCCGUGUGGUGUUCAGAGUGCACAUCCCUCAACCCAACGGGAAGGUGCUGUCACUGCAGGCUGCCUCCAUUCCUGUGGAGUGCUCCCAGCGUUCAGCUCAAGAGCUGCCCCAGGUUGAGAAAUCCAGCCUGACCAGCUGUCUGGUCAGCGGGGGAGAAGAGAUGGUGAUCACAGGCUCCAACUUCUUCCCGGAGUCCAAGGUCAUCUUCCUGGAGAAAGGCCCUGAUGGACGGCCACAAUGGGAAGUUGAGGCAAAAAUAAUACGAGAGAAAACUCAAGGAUCGUGCAUCGUGGUAGAUGUUCCUCCCUACCACAGUAAGACUGUGGGCUCAGCUGUGCAGGUGCAGUUUUAUGUCUGCAAUGGCAAGCGGAAAAGGAGCCAAUCACAACGCUUCACUUACCUUUCAGUCAUGGUGAAACAGGAGCACAGAGACGAGCUGGACCUUCCUGCAGUACCCCCUAUGUCCAUGCCCCUGGCACAUGCUACCAGUCUGGUGCGCACCCAGCUGCCUUCUCCUGAGCAGGGCCACCCAUCGGACAACCUUCUGUCCAGCUCCCCUCACGGCCUGGCCACGGGCUCUGGACCUGGUCUGCUACCCCUGCAGGCCACCUGCCCCUCCCUGGGCUCCCCGUCUUUCCAGCACCUGCCUCACCUCCAGAGUCGCAGUUUGCACCACCCCCCUGCAGAUUGCCACAUGACGUUCCACCCGAGCUCUGCUCCUGCUCCUCUUUCUGCUCCUCCCCGGCCCUCUUACCAGCCUAUGCAGCACAGCCACAGUCAUGGUCAUAGCCUGCCCUUCAAUGGCCAGUCCAGCCUUCCUCCUCAGGGCUAUGAGAGGAUGCCCUUUCAGCAGAGCCCCAGUGCAGCAUCACACCCAAUGGGUAUGGGGAUGGUGUACUCCCCCUCCCCUUGCUCCUCACCAUCAGCUCCCUCCUCUUCAAGCACCAAUCCCAUUGCUGGGUCUCCCCAGAGCCAGCAACCCAUGCUCUCCCCCUCGUCCCCACACCUCCAAACACUUGGAGGCUAUCACUGCUCUCCAAAUCCCACCCAGGUUCCCUCUUCCAGUGGUCACCCCCUUGUAGGGCAACACUCCUCCCAGCUGCAGAGGGCCAUGGGCUACCACCCAGUAAGUCAAAGGUCAGCCUCUUGCCCCACACCGUCCAGUGCUCCUCCACCACGGAUGAUCCCCUCUCCACACUCUGGGCCUUCCUCCCCUCAGCUCCACUCGCUGCCCUACCAGUCUCCCACCUCCUCCUCCCCUACUUCAGGCGGCAGUCCUCUGGGGCCCCUCCAACAGCAGCCUUCUCCCCAAGCUACAAGUCCAGUCAUGGCCAGUCUCUCCCCAGCAGCAGCCGGCCCUCUGGUUCACCCUCUAAGCCCUCAGGGGCCCUUCCCUUUGGACGGGGAGAGGCUGAACAUCAAGCAGGAGCCCGAGGACAGAGAGCCCACUUUCCGCUCUAUCGGCCUGCAGGACAUCACGCUGGAUGAUGUGAAUGAAAUCAUCGGCAGAGACAUGUCCCAGUCCCCCAGCGCCCACGGUCCUCCGUCAGCACACAGCCAGUCAUAGCCCUCAGGCCCCCAGCUCGGCCUUUUGGCUCAUGAACCAUCCCCUCCAGCACUUAAUCCCGCAGCCCCAAAGCUCUAACAUGGACCCUGCUCCUGGCCAAGGUCCUGGUCCUGUGUGUGAUGGGACAAGAGAGCAGGAGGAGACAAGACUUUGGUCAAAGACAAAAAAUGGUUGGAGAACUUGUUAAAGCCUCAUGGGCCUGCUAGACCACCAGCCUGACAAGAAGACACUCUCAUUUGUCUCAUCUGAUUUCAUUUAAAACGAUACAGUUUAGAGAUAUAGACAAAGAACUCACAACUCAGAUUUAACAGAAAAGUGAGCAGGAGAAUGCAGCCGUGUCGAUUUACACCGAGGGUGAAAUGGUUGGAGAAUAAUGUGGAGCAGUGACAAGAAACAGGCUUUUUCUUCACACAUCCACUGCUCAGAGCUGUCGUUAGUUCUCAGAUGUCAAAAUGUGACCCCCAUCCCUCUUCAUUAGGUGUGUGCCUGACCCUUCAAAGCACUGCUGUGUUCUUGACCAAUCAGCUCUCUGUGAGUUCAGAGCACUCACUUUCCAGUACGUCUCGUCGUCCCUCCCUCACCAGCAUUGACCUUCAUGAAUGAAGACGUCUUGAGACAUAAAAACAUAAGAGAGAUUCAGGAGUGCACAGUGUUGUCACAGCAAGCCAGAGCUGGGAUUCAGAAGGCUGAAGUGAAAGAGUUUCUCAGACAGCGUUUUUAUACUCUUCAGUGUACUGCAACUCCCAGGAUGCCACACAGUAUUCUGGGUUUGCCUGAGUGAAAGUGAGGAACGACGUGAGAUGAUGUGGUAAAACUAAUCACCUUUGGAAGUUGGGCAUUAUAGACCUGACAAAUGAAUCAUUAGCUAUGAAAUCUGUUCACCAAAUCCAAAUCAAACCAAACUGUCAGGCUGUGUAAAGAAAGGCUCAUGGCUUAGUGAUGACAACACUGUCCACUCCUUUUUUCCCCCUCCCUUUUAAAUAAUAAAACCAUUCAGGUCUCAAUUGCAGGGGUCUGGCAGAGAGGAGCGAGUUCCUCUGACGCUGGUCUGGGAUCUGCAACCUGCAACAUUCCACAACUUGUAGAAACCUUGCAGCCAUGUAGAUAUCUGUACAUGACCCCCCCCCCCCUUCUGUCUCCUCUGUACGUCCUCCCUCUCCUCUAUUUCUUUAUUGUCAAGUUGAACAAAUGCCUUAUUAACAUUUAGCAGCUUUGAAUGGUAGUGAAAGCUUUUUUUCUUUUUUUUGUUUUGCACAGCUGGCUUUGAGUUUGACUGUAAUAUUAUUUCAUAAACAGAUGUGUGACUCGGGUCGUGUGGAUACGAUUUCAUGAAUCCUGAUGAAGGAUGAGUGGGAUGAGUCAACCCUCCUGAUCAUUUUCAUUCAGAUUUGAAGAUGCCCAUUAUUUCCAUGUUACAGAGAAGUGUUUUUAUUCGUCCACAGAGACAAAACCUCUCUGCCUCUAAAAUUUCUUUUCAUGCAAUAACUCCCCAGAGCUCCCAGGGGCCUUUGUGUGCCUUCUAUUUCCUGACAGGCACCAUACCUGUGACGUAUGACAGCCUAGGUGACAUAUAAUGGGAAAUAAUUUGACAAAAGUUUUAAUUAGUGUAUUUUAUACAGAUUUCUAUAUAUUGUAUUUAUGUAUUGACCCCCCCACGCCCUUUCCCAAAUGCCCAACGUCUAGAGAACAUCUGGAUGUAACUGGGUCUUCCACAUCCCCCUGUUUGCAACAAUCAAUAUUUGCUGUUCACAAUCAAAAACUUCAUUCAUAUUUCCUGGUCUGACAGAUAUGCAGAGCCUGUCCGGCAGCAAUAACACAGUUGUGAGAAAAGUUUUUUCAGGCAGGUUUCUAGUCAGAUACAAUGAGGAUGUGAACAGAUAGACACAGAUUCUGGUUUUGAAGAUUUCCAUUCUUUUUCUUUUUUUUGCCUUAAGCUUGACAAUGAUGCUCCUGCAUGUGAGAGCUGAGGAGUGUUGCUUAUGACGGUUUGAAGUCAGUUUCCAGGUGAAAAUGAUUCUGCUAUGCAUUAAAAUUCUGCCUAAUGCCUUUAAAAAUGAGGGGAAAAAGACAAAAAAGACCUUGAUGCCUAUAGAAGUAGAAUGUAGACUUGUAGAUGCUUGAUUGAUUCUGUUAGCAUCCUGGAUUUGUCCGUCAGCCAAUCUGCCUUGUCGAGGACACAGUGCAAGCAUCUUAAAAGGUUCAGUUGUGUGUGUGUGAGUGUGUAUGUGUGAGUAGUGUGUGUGGAUGGAUGGUUGGUUGGUGUUUGUACCAAAUAUGAUGUACAGAAGACAGGAAUUUUAAGAGACCUAUUUUCAACAACAGAAGCACACACAUGUAUUUAGGCUAUGCAAACUAUAAGAAGCAAAUGUGAGACAUGACAUUAAAUAUAAGAAAUGAGAUUAUAAACUAUUUGUAAUGUUGCUUAUGAACUUCACAGAGCAGAAAAAAAUAAACAUUCAGAUAGUGAGAGUAUCAUGUCACUAUGUAAACUAUUAGGAUGCCUUAACUCUUGUUUGAAAACCAGUUUGUCAGUGUGUCUGUAUGCUGUUCUGGGUUGAUUUUUUUUUUCCAUGACUAAGACAUAAGUCAGUAACUAUUAUUAUUAUUAUUAAUAAUGUUUUUUUGUUUUUUGGGGGCACAGGGUGGACAUUUUGAGGGUUGGGUGGGAGAAGGGAGAUGGCUCUUUUUGCAUAUGAAGCUGGUUCUGCAGCUUGAAAGACUUGAGUCAAAAAAAAAAAAGAAAAAAAAGAAACAAAACCAGCAUUGACAGUAAACUCUGGCUGCCGUCCUCUUCUGUCACAACCAAAGACCGAACAAUAUGUUCCCAUUUUACAUUAUGGUAAAGCAACAGAGACUGUACAACUCUAUUUUUGAUACUUUGAAAUGGAUGUCAUUCCUAAGAGGUCGGGGACGUGUAUGAGUGUUGAGAAUAUAUGUAUAUGUAUAUAUACAUAUAUAAAUAUACAUAUAUGAAAUUGUUUUGUAAAAUAAAAGGGAAAUACAGGUUUAGCUGAUGUUUACCGAGCCUUGUAUUGUCAUUUCUUGUAUAUUUUGUAUGUUAAAAUUUUUGUAAUUUUUAAGACUGCAGUGCUUUUUGAAAUUAUUCAAAGGGAAUACCUUGCAUCAUACUGUAGGCUCUAAAGUAGUGUAUAUCAAUAAAACAGAAAACUCA